AUGAUAAAUCCAAGCGAUAUUCACUAUGUUAAAUCUGAGGAAACCCCUGCUGAUAUGGCAUCGAGAGGUGCAACGUCAGAAGAUUUUAUUGCCAACAAAAUAUGGUUUAAUGGCCCCGCUUGGUUACAAAAUGAUGAAUUACCAAAAACACCUUGCAAAGAAGAACAAUGUGUGUCAUUCGCAAUUGAGGUUGUUGACGUAGAAUUUCUGAAUCGCUUUUCAAAUUGGAAAAAAAUGCUACGAGUUUUAUCAAAAUGUUUACGUUGGGUAAAUGUAAUUAAAAGAAAUAAAAAUGCAACUAUUAAUAGGUUUUCAGAACCACUGAGUAGUGAAGAAAUAUUGAGAACAAGAAACAGAAUUAUUCGACGCCAACAAGAAUUAUUAUUUUCUGAUGUAAUUGAAAAACUUGAACAAAAUAAAAGCCUACCAAAGAAAUGUUGGAUGACCCCAUUAAAUCCGUUUAUUGAUGAUCGCGAUAAUUUAUUGAGAAUUGGGGGUAGGCUUACAAAAGCAAAAUUCAUAUCGGAAAAUCAACGGCACCCAAUUAUAUUGCAAAAUUGUCAUAUUAUUGAAAUAAUUAUUCGAGAUAUUCAUUUAAAUUUUGGCCAUGCUGGCAAUCAAUUAAUAGAAAAAGAAGUCAGAGAAACGUAUCAUAUUCCUGCUUUGAAGUCGAAAAUAAAAAAGUGUAUAAGAAAUUGUGUAACGUGUUUGAAGUGGAACGCAAAAACAAACAAUCAAAUGAUGCUGGCAUCAUUCAAAUGGAUUUCGGUGCGCUUUUACUAUCACGCUUUUCGAACUGAAAUCGAGAUGACAAACUUCUUCGGAAUCAUUGAAGCGAAUGUUGAGGAAUUGGAGUUGAGAGACAUCAGAUGCAUUUUCUCGAGGAAAGACAAUAUUUUGGCACCAAACAUGAUCUUCCCUAAGUUAAGGACUCUCCGACUUGCUGACUGUAACACUUACAUUUAUUCACAAAUCUUCCAAAACGUCAAAACUAUUCAAAUGUUACACUUGGAAACGAAAAUAUUUUCAGCAGUCGACUACAAAGAUUGGGAGUUUAUCGAGCGAGUUAAAGCAUUUCAAACAAUUUUAAGAAAUAAUCAAAACCUUAAAGUUUUAGGAUUUUAUCUUCAUCAAACAGAUUUCGAUAAUUUAUUUAUCGAUGACAAAUUUCUUUGUGGCUUCAAAUUUCAAUUGGAAGCAUUGAAAUUCAAGAAAUUCAGGAAACAACCAGAACCGAAGUCGAAGACAAUUCAAAUGGAAAAUUUUCAGAAGUUCCUAAGUAUGCACAACAAAACAUUGAAAUAUCUUGAAUUGAAUGAAUGGCUGGGUAAUGAUGUACUUGAAACCGUCAUCAAUACAAUGGAUAACUUGUAUGACGGAGGCUAUCAAAGAGAAUCAUCUAAAUAUUAUAGAGUUUAA